ACUAUUUAAGGGACGCUCGCAGUGGUGCUCAGCCUUUUCUGCAUUUUACCCACACUGUAUUAGAUAAAUCUUUAAAUCGGCCCGAUAGAAGCUCGGAUCAAAUGAGUAGAAAUAAAGUCGAGGAGAGAGCGAACGGACAAGAAGCAGCUUCCAAAAGGAGAAUUUUGAGCUUUAGUGAAAGGCAUCAGAAAUUAGUAGAUGAAAACUACCGCCAAAAAUUGCAUGUUCAAGCGCUGAAAAAUAUAGAGAGUCAAAUCAGGAACCAAAUGGUGCAGGGUGAAAUUGAUGACCGAAUUGAGCGCAGGAGAUUCCUCAGAUUAUUACAGAAUGAACAAUUUGAAUUGGAUAUGGAAGAGGCCAUUCAAAAGGCAGAAGAAAACAAGAGAUUGAGGGAACUCCAGCUUGCACAAGAAGAAAAAUUAGCUGUGGAAUUGGCAAAACUAAAACACGAAAGUCUAAAGGACGAGAAGAUGAGGCAACAAGUAAGAGAAAACAGUAUUGAGCUCAGAGAAUUAGAGAAGAAAUUAAAAGCAGCUUACAUGAAUAAAGAAAGGGCGGCUCAGAUUGCUGAAAGGGAUGCCAUUAAAUAUGAGCAAAUGAAACGUGAUGCUGAAAUAGCCAAAACCAUGAUGGAAGAACAUGAGAGAAUAAUAAAGGAAGAGAAUGCUGCAGAAGACAAACGAAACAAAGUAAAAGCACAGUACUAUCUUGACUUAGAGAAACAACUUGAAGAACAAGAAAAAAAAAAGCAGGAAGCUUAUGAACAGUCGCUGAAAGAGAAACUCAUGAUUGAUGAAAUUGUUAGGAAAAUCUGUGAAGAAGAUCAAUUGGAAAGACAACAAAAGUUAGAAAAGAUGAAUGCAACCCGAAGGUAUAUAGAAGAGUUUCAGAAACAGCAGGCUCUCUGGAGAAAAAAGAAACGUGAAGAGAUGGAAGAAGAAAACAGAAAAAUCAUAGAAUUUGCUAACAUGCAGCAGCAAAGAGAAGAAGAUCGGAUGGCAAAAGUUCAAGAAAAUGAGGAAAAAAGGCUACAUCUUCAGAAUGCGCUGACUCAGAAGUUGGAAGAAAUGCUGCGGCAACGUGAAGAUUUGGAACAAGUGCGACAAGAAUUAUACCAGGAAGAACAAGCUGAAAUAUAUGAGAGAAAACUAAAAGAAGAAGCAGAAGAGAAAUUGAGAAAGCAAAGAGAGAUGAAGCAAGAUUUUGAAGAACAAAUGGCCUUGAAGGAACUAAUACUACAGGCUGCAAAAGAGGAAGAGGAGAUCUUUAGAAAAACUAUGCUAGCUAAAUUUGCUGAGGAUGAUCGAAUUGAAUUAAUGAAUGCUCAGAAACAAAGAAUGAAGCAACUGGAACAUAGGAGGGCUGUGGAAAAACUUAUUGAAGAGCGUCGUGACCAGUUCCUUGCAGACAAACAACGUGAACUGGAAGAAUGGCAGUUGCAGCAAAGAAGACAAGGAUGUAUUAAUGCAAUUAUUGAAGAAGAAAGGCUAAAACUUCUCAAAGAACAUGCUACAAAAUUACUAGGAUAUCUCCCUAAAGGAGUAUUUAAAAAAGAGGAUGAUAUUGAUAUGCUUGGCGAAGAGUUUAGGAAAGCGUAUCAGACAAGGAGUGAAAUUUGUGAAGAGAAGUGAUAUCAUCAAGAGUUGGUAAAACCUGGAUUCUUUUGUAUGUUACCACUAGAUGUCAGCAUAACUUUUGUUUUACAGUUCAGUGACAGUAGCAAUCCAUUGUCUAUUUGGAUUUUCUGAACAUCAGAGUAUUUCAUAAUAUGUAAAGUUAGAUAAAAAAUUAAUAUUUAGCUGUAAAAUUACUUUUAGUCAAACUGUUGUCUUUGUACUGGUAAUUUGAAGAUCUGAAUUCUACAUCAACACCAUACUACAACACUCCAUAGAAAUACAAGUAUAUAAAUAUAGGCCAAACCCAGGAGGCUAAUUUCUCCAUCUCCAUCCUCAGAACAGUAUAUUUAUCUUGAUUAAUACAGGACUUCUAGCCCAAAGUGAAUGCUCUCUCUGUUUUGGCCAGGGAAAUAAAUAUUUAGAAUUUUUAAAGCAUCUUUUUUUGUCUACUGUAAGGACAGUAAAAGUAAAGAGAGUGAAGAAUAUCAAAGUGCUUUAUUACCUAAUGUGCUCAGUUGUCAGAUAAACUAUCAAUCAUUUACAAACUAGAGUUGAUUAUGAGCCUCCAGAACAUAUUUUCAAGUACAGUUGUAAAAUCUCAAAAUAAAAAGGGCUAGUGGAUCAUAAGAAAGAUAGCUGAAUAUAAAGUUAGUCUUUUUACUUUAAUUUAGAAAAUAUUGCCUUUUUCUAAUAAUUGCAUAUCAGAGUAAUAUUUAUAUCCCCCAAAGGUAUACAUAGAAGUCU